UAUUUUGACUAAACCGUCUUCUUUCUGUCCAAAGUUUCAAACCCAAUAACCAAGAUUGUGUUUUCUUUAUGGCAGCUGUUGUUUAGGAUGUUUUUUUUUUUCUUAAUCUCCUGAGGAAUCAGUUGGGGGUGGGAUAAAAAACUUUAACUUUUAGGAACCUUCUGUUCCACCUCAGAUUCAGUACACAGCCUUUAGCUGAGCAAGCCAUUUUUGGAUUAUUCACGUGGAUACCCGCAUAUACAAUUGAUUGACCCAAUGGGAGCUGGGGAAGAGAGCACUCCUACAAAGACUUCAAAGCCGCCAUUAACUCAGGAGACACCAACCGCACCUUCAUAUCCUGAUUGGUCAAGCUCUAUGCAGGCUUAUUAUAGUGCUGGAGCUACUCCUCCUUUCUUUGCCUCACCUGUUGCUUCUCCUGCUCCCCACCCAUACAUGUGGGGAGGUCAGCAUCCUCUUAUGCCUCCUUAUGGGACUCCAGUUCCAUAUCCAGCUUUAUAUCCUCCUGCCGGAGUUUAUGCUCAUCCUAACAUUGCCACGCCGGCUCCAAAUAUUGCGCUGGCAAAUCCUGAAUCAGAUGGGAAGGGGCCUGAAGGGAAGGAUCGGAAUUCAAGUAAAAAGUUAAAGGUCUGUUCUGGUGGCAAGGCAGGCGACAAUGGGAAAGUUACUUCGGGUUCCGGAAAUGAUGGUGCCACACAAAGUGAUGAAAGCAGAAGUGAAGGUACAUCAGAUACAAAUGAUGAAAAUGAUAACAAUGAAUUUGCUGCAAACAAGAAGGGAAGCUUUGAUCAAAUGCUUGCAGAUGGAGCCAGUGCACAGAAUAAUCCUGCAAAAGAGAAUCACCCGACUUCUAUACAUGGAAAUCCUGUCACGGUACCUGCAACUAACCUAAAUAUUGGAAUGGACGUGUGGAAUGCAGCAGCUGCCGGUCCUGGAGCGAUCAAACUACAGCCAAAUGCAACUGGUCCAGUUAUAGGACAUGAAGGAAGGAUGAAUGAUCAGUGGAUUCAGGAGGAACGUGAACUUAAAAGGCAAAAGAGAAAGCAAUCUAAUAGGGAGUCAGCUAGGAGGUCAAGGCUCCGCAAGCAGGCAGAGUGUGAAGAGCUACAACGUAGAGUAGAAGCAUUGAGCCAUGAGAAUCAUUCACUCAAAGAUGAGCUCCAACGGCUCUCUGAGGAAUGUGAGAAGCUUACCUCGGAGAAUAAUUCGAUAAAGGAAGAGUUAAUACUACUUUGUGGACCAGACGUUGUGUCUAAGCUAGAGAGGAAUGAUAUUGCCGCACGUAUUCAAUCUAAUGUUGAGGAAGCUAGUUAAGGAGAAGUGAAAAAUCCAGGACUGAGUAGGUGAUUUUAGUUACAAAGUGCUCACAGAUCAUUGCUUUUUUGGUGCAGCAGAAUGAGAAAUGUUUGUUGUCCUACUAACCUAUACCCCCUUUAGCUCCCUUUCUGAGUGUGACUGUAAGUUGUAACAUAUAUUUCUAACCCCAGUGUUAAGAGUUUGAGUCUGUUUAACUUAUCUUUAAAUUAACUUCAAUAGUUCAGAAGUCUUCAAGUGAUGUUGGA